AUGGUUAGAUCACGGUGGAAAGGAAUAUAUGUAGCAAAAGAAUUACAAAAUUAUAAUACAGUCACCAAUCCAACAAUAGUAACAACAGAGCGAAGUUCAGUAAUAGUACCAUAUUAUUUAACAAAAACCAUUUAUGUAUAUAAUGGUAGAAAAUAUGUGGGAGUAAAAAUUACAGAAAAAAGUUUAGGACGAAAAUUAGGAGAAUAUGUAUUAACCAAGAAAGUGGAAAAAUAUAAAGCGUCAGGAAAAUCAAAAAAGAAAUAA